AUGGCAUCAAAUAGAAAUAGUUUUCAAUCUAGAACAAAUAAUGAAAAAUCUGAUUAUAAAGCAGGAAAAUGGCAAGCAUCAGUUUCAACACCAUUAUGUGCAUUUUGUAAUAAAACUGUUUAUCCAGCUGAAGAAAUAAUGGGUGGCGGACAAAAAUUUCAUAAAUUUUGUUUUAAAUGCAGUAUAUGCCAUGUAUUACUCAAUUCACUUAGUUUAAAUGAACGUAAUCAAAAACUUUAUUGUACAGGUUGUUACAGUCGUGAAUUUGGUCCACGAAUGGUUUCUCGUCAUUUUGCAACAUCAUUUCCAUCGGAUUUGGAUUCACCACCUAGUAGUCCGAGAUUAAAUCAAGAAGAAGAAACUGAUUUUAAUAAUGAAUAUUAUCAACGGCAAACAGUAAUAUAUUCAUCACCAUCUUAUGAGUCAUAUGAUGAUGAUGAUUUACAUCAUAGAAAUCUGAAAAGUACUAUGAUGAAUGGCAUAACAACAUCGAACACUAAUCGAUCAACAUCAAGAAAUGUUAUAAAUGAUAAUGCAUUUAAAAUAAUGUCAAUAUCAGGAAAUAUUUGUCCACGUUGUUCAAAAACGGUUUAUCAAGCUGAAGAAAUUAAAGCUAUUGGCAAAUCAUUCCAUAAACAAUGUUAUACUUGUGCACAUUGUAAAGGAACUAUAAGUGGUGCUCAUUAUUCUGAACAUGAUGGAGAAAUUUAUGAUAAGAAAUGUUAUCAACGUUUAUUUAGUCCAAAAGUAGUAUUAUCAAUAUGA